AUGGAUCGACUCUCCAUCAUGUUCUACCAGAUCGACCCCCGCGACUACCCGCUCUACAUGCAGUGCGAGCGAAUCACCGAGCAGCCGGGGAUAAUAGUCAUGGAGUCGCGCGCGAUGCAGGGCAUCCGCUGCACCGUUCCUGCUGGGUAUCUCCUCUCUGUGCUGUACUUCUACGCCUAUCACCGUCCACGCCUGCCCUUCGCAGACCGGCCCUUGUCGAGGUUGCACCACUACUUCUACCCUAGUGGGGCGUACAGCACACCGCUCGGCAUCUUGCUCGGUGUGGCGUACACCUGCUACUACGACGGAUACGACGCGUGCAGUGCGGGGAAUGUCGAGCGGGCGGUUAAGCGUGAACGCGCCAGAGCGUUGAUAGCGUGGCAGCAGCACCAGCAGCUGCAGAGGGAAGAGGAGGAGGCCGCGCGCAGACGACGCCCCUGGUGGCGCGUCCUUACUUCCUUCUCUUCAACGACGACAGCAGCAGCAGCAGCAGAGCGGGUGACGUCCUAUGAGGACUUUUUGGAGCCCAACGGGAUUCUGGGCGUCGGGCAGCAGACAGCGGAGGUGCACGACCCGGUCUUCUAUCAAUUGUACAGCAAGAAUCAGGUCGAUGCGCUGGUAAGCGCGGCGAUGAAGCUGCGGCAGUCACCGGAUGAGGAACGUUGGCUGCGUACCAGCGGCCGACUAGGAGGUUAUGGCAUCAUGGGCAUGCUGCUCACGUGGAACAGUGGUGGAUUGUUCUACCGCAUGUUUAUGGGGCUCGGCCUUGGCGUAAUCGGCGGUGCUGUGAUCUCGGGGCUGAAGUUGGACUCAUGA